GGAAGGAAGGAACUAGCGGUGAUUUGGACGCGAUGAUCACGCUCGGGCGAACUGCACUAGAAUUCAUACCGUCGGAACACCCGCGACGCCAUUCGAUCCUCAUCAACCUUGCCGAUCUGCUGUAUAAGCGGUUUCAGAAGGAAGAUACGGCGGUGGAUUUGGACGAAAUAAUUACGCUGAGGCAAGCUGCGUCGGACCUCAUGCCCCCAGACGACACAGAGACACUAGCAGUUCUUCUUGAACUCGAUAAUUGCUUCUAUCAACGUUUCGGGAGAAAGAAUGCUUUGGUGGAUCUGGAAGAUAUCAUAUCUCUUCGCCGCGUUGUGCUGGAAUAUACUCCUCCUCAGAACCGAUGCAAGCCUCUUCUCAGCCUCGCUGAUUCCCUCUAUGAAACAUACCAAGCACUGGGUUCGGUGAACGACAUAGAAGAGGCCCUUAGCCUCAACAUCUUGCACGUUACCUCAAAGCGAAGGUUAGAAAAGGGGCUGCGCUUGCGCACGUGAGGGGAGUGGAGGCCGGUCCUUCAAGUUCCAGUUCCUCUGAUGUUGAGCAAUUAAUCGACAAGGCUGUCUCCGAAUAUCUUGAAAACAUUCCGCUACGACUGUUACAUACACCGACCGGCUUCUUGUGCAACCGGGAUGCGCAGUUGUCCAAAUUCAAGGAUAGCCCUCAAUACAAGCAGAUCCUGUUGUCAGCGUCUUCACUCAACAGGCUGCAACUCCAAACGGAAAUCAAUAAUGUGGUCACAAAUUUCUUUCGAAUUGCUAUGCUAUCUCACAGGUGGGGGAGUGGCGAGCCAUUACUACGCAACGUUGACGGUAAAAACAUCUAUAACUUGGGCUGCACGGGCGGCCUGGCGAAGCUACAAAGCUUUUGCGUUCAUGCUCUUAAAUAUAAUUUGCAGUGGGCGUGGAGCGA